AUGAAGGCAUGUUUGAGUGACUUCAAGGGCGUGAAGCCCUCGGGCGACCGCGUGCUGGUCAAGGUCGACAAAGAGGAGGGCCGGACGCAAGGCGGCGUGCUGCUGCCGACCGUGGCGCAGAACAAGCCCACUGCAGGAGCCGUCGUGGCGCUUGGCGACGUCGAGCUUGUGCAGUCUGGUGACCGGGUGGUGUACUCCAAGUAUGCCGGCACCGAGGUGGCCAUCAGCGGCGACGAGCACGUGCUGCUCAAGGAGGAUGAUGUCAUCGGUGUGCUGACCUCUGGGGACAACAUCGCCAAGCUGAAGCCCCUUGGCGACCGUGUGCUUAUCAAGUGCGCCCAGGCUGAGGGCAAGACCGCGGGCGGUGUGCUGCUGACCACCGAGAGCGACAAGCCCACCUUUGGCGAGGUGGUGGCCGUCGGCUCCGGUAAGAAGGCGGAGGACGGCAAGGUGGUGGCGCCCAACGUGCCGGUGGGCUCCACCGUCAUGUACAGCAAAUACAGCGGCACCGAGUUCGAGGAGGGCGACGACCAGUUCAUCGUGGUGCGGGAGAGCGACAUCCUGGCCCAGCUGGCGUAA